AUGGCGUCUACGAACCCGCUGCCAGAUGGGAACGACGAGCCUAAGAAGCCUCUACGGCGGGUGAUGACUGAUCAUGGGAAUAAAGAACAGAGACUGCUACGCGUCGAUCAGAUAAAGGACCGUCAGACGCAUUUCGUGAAAACCGCAAAGGCAAAGGUCAAGCCUUCGAAAUUCGGCAAAACUGCACUCGUUGUGCGUCGUAUCAUUAGUAAGCAAGGAAUGGUCGCUGGCACCGAGAUCGACAUUAAGUCGGAUCAUCUGACGUCGAUAUUUCGGGAGCUCUUCGCCGACAUUGAGGGAUUACGGCUAAAUAAAACCCCGCCUGUGGCAGACCCUGAGCUGUUCUUCUACGCAGCACAGGAAUUGAAUUUGCGGAAAGCCGCAGAGAAAGAGAGACCAGAGCCCGACCAAAGUCUCAUCGAUGACAUUGGGACAGCUCUGCGCUUUGUCGAAGAGGAUUUUGGAGAGCGAACAGAAAGCCUAGAUUCUUUGCUCGCUCAAGGUGAGAUUACUUUCGAUCUCUUGUGGGCUAUCUUUCGUCCCAAGGAAUUCGUCCUUGCCCCAAAACACGGUUUGAUGAAUCAAACACAAGCUUUGAGACUUAUCAAUACUGAACAUGGCAUACAUCCAAACAAUACCAGGUAUUUUCAUGUCGCAGCACGUCUGAUAACCCAUGAUGGCGAAGACUUUGGAUGGGGAAGCCUAGAACUUGAAAUCAACGGAUUCACCGGCGCCCGAAAGAUCACAAACUUGCCGGUAUACCCUCUAUCGUGCGAUCCGGAGCAUGAUAAAGUUCGAAAGGAUUUGGUAUCGCGAGGGCGGCUAUAUCUUUCCCUUGUAGAUUCCCCUACAUGUAUGGAAUAUACAUAUUCUCAUGCCGUAAAAGAGGUCCAGAUGCUUACACCUAGUGAUACAUCAAAGCUUUACAAGUUCAAUGGUGAAGGGCGAGUUAUGCUAGACUCUUUUGCUUUCGGAAGCCACAACCCAGAAGCCAUGAAGUUAAUGAAUCCGCUGGUUUAUGCGCAGGAUCAGAUCCUCACACGUGAUUUAACAGAAGAUCAAUUGCUUGUCUGCGCAUACUGGAUCAAUGGGUUCAGCUUUACUGCAAAAGUAUGGGGCCAAUUUGCGUUGAUUGGCUGCACAGAAGUGGUUUGGAACGAAGGAGCUUUUCAAAAGAUCGUUAUCCGAGAAGAGCGUCGAAGAAUCAUUCAUGGGCUUGUCAAAGCGCAUCGCCAAGACGAGACAGCCUUCGAUGAUAUUGUGCAGAAUAAGGGUAGAGGUCUCGUGGGCCUACUGACUGGUAAUCCAGGAGUCGGAAAGACGUUGACUGCGGAAGCCGUGGCUGAAGUGACUCACCGGCCGCUUUAUGUUGUCUCGACCGGUGAGCUGGGCGUAGACGCAGACCGCGUUGAUAAGCGCAUCGAACAGAUACUCGACAUAACACGGAGAUGGGGCUGUGUUCUUCUGAUUGACGAAGCUGAGGUGUUCCUCGCUACUCGAGGACAUGACCUCAACCGCGAUAAUCUCGUGAGCAUCUUCCUCCGACGACUGGAGUACGUCAUAGAUUGA